AUGUCAAUUGAUAUGAGUUAUUUUGUAAAUGAAAGCUAUAAAGUAAACCUAUCAUCUGAGGAUUUGCAGCGUAUUUAUGAUCCGUGGAAACACUCAGUAAUCAUUAAGCUCUUAGGGAAGCGAAUCAUGCACCACUACCUAAGGAGGAGGGUACAAGAACAAUGGAGGAUUUCCGAGAACUUCCCACUAAUUGAUUUGGGUGCAGACUACUACGUUGCCAAAUUCACAAAUGAAGAACACCUAACUAAAGUCCUACACCACGGUCCUUGGUUCAUCAAUGGACAUUUUCUCUCAGUCCAAAGGUGGGUGCCAAACUUUGUGGCAUCAGCUGCAAAUCCCCUAAGUACUGCUAUAUGGGUUCGCCUCCCCCACCUUCCAACUGAGUUCUACGUUGGUGCGAUUCUUAGGAAAAUUGGGAACACCAUUGGGAGAUUGUUAAAAGUCGACGCAUGCACAUCAACUACCCUACGUGGUCGGCAUGCUAGAUUAUGUGUGGAAAUCCCCUUGGAUCAACCAGUCAAAUCUUUCAUAUUCAUUGGGUCACAUAAGCAGUCCAUCCAUUACGAAGGAGAGAAUUUUCUCUGCAAAAGAUGCGGUAGGCUUGGACAUAUCAGUCCACACUGUCCUUAUUCCAGGACAUCAACAGCUCCAAAAGAAAAGGAACCGCAGAGUCCCCAAAAAAACCUUCAAGAUCCAAGCAAUGAAAGCUGGGAGACAGUUUCGUUUAACAGGCUCAAAAGCAGAGGCACACGUUCUAAACUAAUUGUUGUUAACGAUUCAGACACGCCAGGUAUUAACAACCCUUUAUAUGCUAUUAGUAAAGAUAUUCAUCUUACCAUUAACAACAAAUUCCACUCAUUAGCCUUAUCGCCCACAGAUUCCACCAAUAACCAAGAUCAAAUGGUAUUGGAUGAAAACAAUGAGCAAUGCAUGGAAGGUGCUGUGAUACCACCCUCCUUCACGCCCCAAUCAUUAGCUUGGCCUACAAUUAGCAAUACCCCCCGUAUAAACUCCCAUUCUAGUCCCAAACAAUAUCAAUAUGCCAAGAAUUCCACACUCACUAAGAAGGAGAAACAGACUGAUCCAAGUUCUCCGUCAAUCUCCUCGUCCAACUAUGAACAAUCUGCCACCCCUCCCACCUCAAAUCCCAAAUCCAACAGUCUACUACACUUCUCCACCAUUACCUCCAAACUACCAACCUCUCAACUGGAUGGAAGCAGGCUUAAUGGGCCAUGCGAUCUCCUUCAAUAUGGAGAUCAAUGGCCAGGACACAGUCAUUGUGAUUCAAAAUACCCCCUACCUGGCACAACUUAUAUCGGAGGGGGUGAGGUUGGCCAUGAACAACUUCAUGACACAAACCUGGAUCAACAAUGUGCUCCAGCAUCUUGCACCAUCCAUGAAUGCCAACCUGCUUCAAGCCAUGCAAAGCCACUGGAAUCUCCCACCUAG